AUGUUAUUUGUUUUUUCAUUGAUACGAGUGAGUAAAUCAUGGUGGGGUGCUCCUCACUAUACUGUAGCUCGUUUGGCUGAAACUAGGCUCUCUCCAGAGCAGUUAAAAUACAUUAAUGAUAUUCUUGAAACAUGGACAAGUGAAAAAGCCGUUUUUCAUGAUACAGCAAAUUGGCAUGAUGAUAUCAAAGCUGCAAAUGUUGCUAUUAUGGCCAAUUGGCAUUUCCGAAAUCAACCAAUAUUUUCUUCUGAUUAUGAAGGAGACUUUUCAUAUCCAACAACUUACAACAUUACUGAUGCCAGUAAAGACUGUAUCAAUACUAUAAUGAGCGAAACUACUACAAGCCAAUGGAUUUUAGGUUUUUGUUUCAGAACAUUGUCUCAUUUUGUUGCUGAUGCUCAUUGUCCAGUGCAUUCAGCUGGUAGAUGGAGCAAAGCUUUUCCAGAUGGCGAUAGAGGAGGAAACUCCCAAGCGGUUGUCUGCACUUAUGGCCAACCAUGCAGAAAUAUGCAUAUGCUUUGGGAUUCUGCAUGCCUAGAUUUCCAAAUAUGGCCAUUAUCCAAGAAUGAUGUGGACGAAUACGAAAAAAAUCUUACAAAUCUCUUAAAUAAUUAUCAGCCAAAAACAUAUCUCCCUGAAACAUAUCAAAGUACUGAUCCAGAUGUAUGGGAAAAUGAAGCGUAUCGGUAUGCUUCGAAAUAUGUUUACGGAAAUUUACCCGAUGAUUUUACUGCCAACGAUACUUACAUCAAAGAAGGUGCUAAUGCCGCUAAGCAGCUUAUUUCAGCUGCCGGAUAUCGCUUAGGCGAAGUCCUCCUUAAAUUCUUUGAAGCUAGGAAAAAUAGUUUACCUCAGCUUUAUGAGAAGCCUAAAGGAACAUGGUUGAUAGUCGCAUGGGUAAUUAAUGGUAUCCUUAUUUGUGUGAGUGUCGUUUAUACUGUUGGUGAAAUUCGUUCUAUUGGAAAGAAUCGUCACCACAAAAUCUAA